AUGCCCUCCCAGCGCGGGGCAGGUUCCCUUCGCGAAUGGACUCAACAACUUGGCCAGGACACCCGCUGGGAAGGAGCCUUGCUCGUUUGUCGCCAGAUCCAGGCCGCCCGUCUGCGCCCAAACACCAUUGUGCUCAACGCCGCACUGGGCCUCUGCGCUCGAUCCACUGCCUGGAUGGCUGCGGUUGCCAUGGCGGAGCAAAUUUGCACGAUGUCCCUCCAGGCUUCAGCGAUCAGCCUGGGCACUUGCGUCAACGCAAUUGCCAAAGCGGAGGACCUCCGAGGUGCCUCGUGGACCCGGGCAGUCGGAUUUCUCUCUACCACACGAGGAUUUUGGAAUGUCGAGCCCGGCGUUGUUUGCUGGAAUUCCUGCUUGGCCUCCUUCGCGCCGGCAACGGCCUGGCGACAGGCGGCGUUGCUUUGCACGAGGCUUCGGCCAGGAGGCUUUCAGCCAGAUUCGAUCUCCGGCAAUGCGGCCGCCAACUGCGUGGGUAGGUGGCAGGCAACAGUGCAGCUGCUUCCGUGGAUGCACAGCGUCAGUUCGAAGGUGAACGUCGUGACUUACAACACUGUGCUCAAGGCUUGUGAGGGGCCUCAUGCGAAGACUGCUCGAGCUCUUUGGGACGGCCUUCGUCUGAACUCUCUGGAGCCCGACGUGCGGACGGUGAACGCUGCCAUAGGCGCCAGCCACGAUGACUGGCGUCGCGUGCUGUGGACACUCUGGUGCUGGGGCACUGGUACGGCAGUGACCGUGGGAGCCACGAUGAAGGCGCUCUCUGCAGGGAACCUAUGGGAAUGGGGCAUGCGCAGCUUGGUUUGGAUGUCGCGGCGCUCUGCUCCGAUGAGCUCUGUGGCGAUUGUGGAAGCCUGCCGGGUUGUCCGGGACACCUCCCAGGCCGAGAAGAUUGUCGAAAGCUUGAUCUGCAAGCUCCGGGCCCAAGGUGCCGAACUCAGCCGCGAGGCAGCCAACGCCGUGCUGGGAUUGUCAUCCUGGCCACGGGCGCUGAGCCGCUUUAGAGGGCAGAUACACCUCGGCUUGAUGCCCAGCUGUGCAAGCUUCAACACCGUCGCCACAGCUAUGGCUGGAGCAGCUGCAUGGCUACUGGGACUGGGGCUCUUGAUGGAACAGAGGUCCUCCGCGCUGCGACGGGAUCUGGUGGGCCUGGGCAGCUUCCUAAAUGGCAUUUCUCAGGCGGCUUUGUGGGAAAUGGCUUCGUCGCUUUUUGCGGACCUGCGGCGGCUGACCCUCCGCGCGGAGGUUCUAAACCACAAUGUGAUGCUCUCGUCCUUGCGCACGAGUGGUCUCUGGCAGAAAGCGUUCCGGAUGUUGGCGCCGCAUCCUUUUUCGCCGGACGCUGUCACCUUCGGCGCGGCUCUCUCCGUGUACUUGGUGUCUUCAACAUGGCAGCAGGCGGCAAAGUCGCUGGAAUCUGCUGCCUGCUGUGGAGUUCGCCCGGACAAAGGAUGCAUUGAGGCCUCCGCGGCAGCUUGUGCCCGACGUGGCCGCUGGAGACGGGCCUUGCACAUUGGUGGCGGAUGUUUUCCUGAUGGCAUGUCAAAGGGGCCGUGGCACCUUGCUCUCUCGUGGAUGCAGGUCGGCGUCCAGUUUCGCUUGGCUUCACGGGAGGUCGUGACAAGCAGUGCCGAGGCAUCGAUCCGCUCACGGCGAUGGCAGCAGGCUCUCCGUGCCGCAGAGGCCAUGGAGUUCGACCCGGCUCUGGCAGCCCUGGCCGUGAAAGCUUGCGAGGUCGGCUCUGAGACCGCGCGGCUGCAUUCCAUCCUCAGAGACCUGGAGCGCAGUCAGCAUUCACUUGAUGCGGACUUGCCGGCGCCGCUCUUUCCAAUGUAUACGGUUCCGGAAAUUGAGCCGCACGAGGUACUCAUGAGCCAAGGGGCCCUGGUGGAGUUUCACCAGGAUCUCGGUAAGGCGGCCUUCGUUUCACACCAGUGGGUCGGCGUCGAUCAUCCGGACCCAGAAUGCCGACAGCUCAGAGUCUUGCAAGAUGCCUUCAAGUCGUUGCUGUCAGAAGUAGAUUUCGUUCCCUUGGAGAUUUUUACAGAAAGCCUUGUACCCAGUGCUAAGCCCUUGGAGACAGCACAAUUUCGAGAAAAGCCUCUCUUCAUCUGGUAUGAUUACUUUUCGUGCCCACAGCUGAAGCAGUCGCUGCAACAGUCGUGGAGUUUGGGAAGUCACCAUCAGCCUGACUUGCUUUCCAAAGCCAUCGACAGCAUUCCGGCCUACAUCGCAAGAACGUCCUUCUUUUUCGUGCUUUGCCCGGUCGUGGGCAGUGCCAGCCAGUCGUCGGUCUUCACGAUACACACCUGGGCAGAGCGAGGUUGGUGCAGGGUCGAAAAGGCCUGUCGGGAGUUGUCCAUGGACGCAUCCUGGAUUGUGAUCCGGAGUGCGACGAAGAUGGAGCUCAUCGCAACGCCGGCGGCGUCGGCCAACUUCGGCGCGCCGGGCGAGGGGGCCUUCACCGUGCCGGAGGACCGCCUGAAGCUUGGUCCGGUACUCCUCAAGGCACUGCAGCGCCGGCUUCUUCAGCACUUGAAGCAGCAGGACCUCAUCGGAUAUCGGGUGCUUCUGAAUCUGCAGCCCGUUCACCUCAGGGGGUUCCUGGUGGAGCCCGUGGGAGAUUUGGUCCCUGGGUUCGAAGCAUCCCGCCCGGAUCUUGAUCCCACAGCCCUGUCGGUGGAAAAGUUCCUGUUCCAGAAUGGCUUCGCUGCUGUUGAUGAGAAGGACAGCAGGGGCUGGUAUCCCUUGCACUAUGCCGCCUUGUCUGGAAAGGUGGAGUUGCUUCGAGGACUUCUAGCUUUCGGAGCUGACCUCAAUCUUGCGACAAAGAAGGACCAAGUGGAAGCAGGGGUGCCGAUGUGGACUUCAGCGCUGGCGAUCUGCGUGAUGUUCAGGCACAAUCAGGCGGCCAGGCUCCUGGUCGACGCCAAGGCGAAGUUGGAAGGCGGCAUACAGCCAGCGAUACAUCAGGCUGCGAUCGCCAACAACGCAGAUGGGAUUCGCAUUUUAUGCGAGGCUGGUUGCAGCCCCCACCUGAAGGAUAUGCUUGGCUUCACACCUGUAGAGGCGGGCUGCGGCCGGGGCAGCACCGAGGCUUUUGAGGAGCUGCUGACGCAAGCAUCCGGCAGCAUUGAUAUUUCUCGAUGUUUGUAUCUUGCCAUGGUUUGUGGUGGUGGCAAACCCGAGUUGGUACAUCGGCUCGUUGAGGAGCGAGCGGACGUAAAUUAUAAGUACAAGAUCCGGUACUUCGGCAUCAAUGGCCUGUACUGUGCAUACAAUGCUGCUUUGUAUCGAUCAGGAAAGAAGACCAUCGGGACAACAGCAGGAUAUCAUGGACACGAACAGACACCCCUUAUGGCGGCAGUGAUGACAGGGCAAUACGAGGGUGCAGCAGCGCUCCUUGCAGCCGGAGCUCGGUUGGACCUUCGCAACUACCGCAAAUGGACAGCCGCAGACUUCUCGCGGGGACAUUCGCUACCGCGGUUUCUCUUGGAGGCACUUGAAGGGCAGACGACCGAGGCUGAGCGAAUCACGGCAGAUGCCGUGGCUAGCAGCUUCUUUGAAAUCUAA